AUGUUCUUUUCAAUUAGAUGGGGAACAUCAAUGACAAUAAAUAAUAAUCCUGAUCGAAGUAAUCUUCACAGUCAACAAACAUCAACACUAUCAAAUGAUUUUACACCUGCUCAAAAUGCUGUUCUUAAUCUGUUAAAAACUGUAACAUCAAUGACUGGUUAUAGUGUUACAGAAAUAUGUAAACAAUUAAAACAGUUUAAUGAAUAUCAAGUCAAACAAGCCUUGGAAUUUCUUUCUGGUGAAGGUUACAUUUUGUUCAACAACAGAUGA